GCCCGCGGCCGCUCUGCCCCGCCCCGCCCCGCGGCGCUCAGUCGGGCGGCGGCGGCGGGCGGAGGAGGCGGCGGAGGCGGCGGCUCCGCCGGGCUGAGGAGCGGACGCGGGAGGCGGCUCGGGAUCGCGACACCAUGAGGCGGGUGGUACGACAGAGCAAAUUCCGGCACGUCUUCGGCCAGGCGGUGAAGAACGACCAGUGCUACGACGACAUCCGCGUGUCCCGCGUCACCUGGGACAGCUCCUUCUGCGCCGUCAACCCCCGCUUCGUGGCCAUCAUCGUGGAUGCCAGUGGUGGAGGAGCCUUCCUGGUGCUGCCUCUGCACAAGACAGGCAGGAUUGACAAGUCCUACCCCACAGUGUGUGGCCACACGGGGCCGGUGCUGGACAUCGACUGGUGUCCCCACAAUGACCAGGUCAUCGCCAGCGGCUCCGAGGACUGCACUGUCAUGGUGUGGCAGAUUCCUGAGAACGGGCUCACCCUGUCCCUGACAGAGCCCGUGGUAGUGCUAGAAGGCCAUUCCAAGAGAGUUGGCAUCGUGGCCUGGCAUCCGACGGCGCGGAACGUGCUGCUCAGCGCAGGCUGUGAUAAUGCCAUCAUCAUCUGGAAUGUGGGAACAGGAGAAGCUCUCAUCAACCUGGAUGACAUGCAUGUGGACAUGAUCUACAACGUGAGCUGGAAUCGCAACGGCAGCCUCAUCUGCACAGCUUCCAAAGACAAAAAAGUCCGAGUUAUCGACCCCAGGAAACAAGAAAUUGUUGCUGAGAAGGAGAAAACCCACGAGGGAGCCCGGCCCAUGCGAGCCAUUUUCCUGGCAGACGGGAACAUCUUCACCACCGGCUUCAGCCGCAUGAGCGAGCGGCAGCUGGCCCUGUGGAACCCGAAAAACAUGGAGGAGCCAAUAGCCCUUCACGAGAUGGACACCAGCAACGGGGUCCUGCUGCCCUUCUACGACCCAGACACCAACAUCAUUUACCUGUGUGGGAAGGGUGACAGCAGCAUCCGCUACUUCGAGAUCACGGAUGAGUCCCCGUACGUUCACUACCUCAACACCUUCAGCAGCAAAGAGCCGCAGAGGGGCAUGGGGUUCAUGCCAAAGAGGGGCCUCGACGUCAACAAGUGUGAGAUUGCCAGGUUCUUCAAGCUCCACGAGAGGAAGUGUGAGCCCAUCAUCAUGACGGUUCCCCGCAAGUCUGACCUCUUCCAGGAUGACCUGUACCCGGACACAGCCGGCCCAGAGGCAGCUCUGGAAGCAGAGGAGUGGUUUGAGGGGAAGAAUGCUGAUCCUCUCCUCAUCUCCUUGAAGCAUGGGUACAUUCCAGGCAAAAACAGGGAUCUCAAGGUGGUCAAGAAGAACAUACUGGACAACAAACCCGCCGGGAACAAGAAGAGUGAUCUCAUAAACGCUCCAAAGAAAGCAGCGGAUGCCUCAAACCCCCAAAACGACGCCAAAUUGGACGAGAUUUUGAAGGAGCUGAAAUCCAUCAAGGACACGAUCUCCAGCCAGGACGAGCGCAUCUCCAAGCUGGAGCAGCAGAUGGCCAAGAUCGCGGACUGACGGGGCCGCCAGCCCAGGCACAUCCCAGCUCCCAGUUCAGCCAGCAGCAGCCUGCAGCAUUCCAGUACGAGCUUUCCUGUUCUCCUAAAUCCACGAGAGCCGAUGAUUUCAAGCCAAGCUUUUUAGUGAAAGAUCUUUUUCGUUG